GAUCCGUUUGACCCUCCAAAUCCAGUCUUGAAAUCACCUUACGAGUUUUCUCCUUCUCUCUCUUUUUCUCCUUUCUCUCUUUUGUCUCUCUCUCUAAACUCUAUUAUUGUGAGUCUAGUGCCAAAGGGGAACAUUAUUAUUUCUUAAGUUCACCCUAAUUGGUCCUCUCCAUCUAGGAGGGACCCAACAACAAGUUGUGUUUUGUUGUUCUUUAACAGCUUCUUGCCAUCAGCGUAUAUGUGUCCACCCUCUUUGUUCUUCUGCCAGUUUGGAUUGGAUGGGCUGUGUAUCAGCACAUGUUGGAGGCAGCUUUCUGUUUGGAAACUCGCCUGUUACGCUUGGGUACAUGACGCUGCUGUCAACUUGCUUUGCUUACUUCACUCUCCCUCUGAUCCCAUUUCCAGCCAUAGUCCGGUGGUUUUCUCUGGGGCUCCACUUCAUAGCGCUGAAACUGCCAUGUCUUCUCUGGGCUUUCUCUGUAAAAUCCUGCAAAGCCCUUCAAAGUAAAACCUCAUUUCCAGCCAUAGUCAAGUGGUUUUCUUUGGGAUUUCGCUUCAUCGCAGUGAUCUUGCCACCUCUCUUGUGGAUAUUCAUUAAGGAAGCUUCCGUAUUGUGUUUCAAAAUCGGUGUUGUGCCUUGGAUGAUUGGCUAUUGGCUCGAAAUCUGCACUUCACCUCUGUUUGGAACCGGACUUUUCCUGAGAUUUGAGUAUCUUUCAGACUUCCCCGGCAUGACGACCUUACGUUGGGUUACUGGUACCCUUUGCUUGUUGGUUGCUGAGUCUUUCAUGAAACGUAUCCAGGAGAUUGUUCAUAAACGAGCCUUUUGGUAUCUCCUAGAUGUCACAGAUCCAGACUACGAUAUCACCAGAAUGAACUUUGGUCAUACUCUGUUUGCGCUUGCUUCUCAUUGUGUAUCGUUGGUGAUUAUGUUUCACUUACCAAUUAGAGCAAUUACACUUAUCAGCCCAUCGUUUUUCCCUCUUGUGUUAUGGGUCAUGGACGAAAAGGUUUCUUUUGGUGCACGCUUUGUUUAUUUCAGACUACUGACGUCAUCCCCCAAUUGGUUGAUAGGACUUACCAAACCGGCUGUGGAAAUCUUAGUUCAGAAGUGGAUCAUCACUGUUAGUUCCUGGCUUGAGCUGGGUGAUUUCUUGCUGGUCAUGCCCAGAGGAGAGGACUUUGAUCAAAAUGUGAGACCAGUGAUGCAACCAAGAAGUUUCCUUCUGUUUUGUUCCCUAGCCGAAGGCUCUAUGGUCACUUUGCAUGGAUCUCAGAAUGAUGAAGACGAUGUCAAAGACCAAAGAGAUAACAGGUUUCUGCUGAGGCUUGGCCUAUCUCACUCUUCAUCACUCACGGCCAGCUUCUCUCUGUUUUGUUCACUCUAUUUGUUACUUGUGUUUCAUCAUCCAAAAGCACACUCACUCACUCACUCUUUGUUCUCAGUUGUGUAUAAUCAUAACACAAGCUCACACUCAUAACACAAGCUCACACUCUCUCUUUACUCUCUAACGUUUCUUUUUUGUUUGUAUAGAGAGAAGAGAGAACACUUUGUAUGUCUACAUCUUUUAACUCUUUUUCAUUAAUUCUUCUUCAAACA